UUAUACUUCUCUGAAUAUGGCGGCAACGACGGCAACAGCCCCAAGAAGGACGAGUUCGACGGAAUGACAGCAUACGACGACGAUAACGAUAACGAGCACGAAUCCAAGGAGAGGGUAAUCCAUAAGUACUUCCUUCAAGAAUGGAAGCUUGUUAAGUCCAUUCUCGACUACAUCGUUUCAAAUGAACGUGUCUCCGGCAUCUCAUCCGUCCACAAGAUCCGAUCCAUUGCAUUACAUUAUGAUAUUCGAAGAGGUCCACCUAGUGUUGGAUCUCAUGAACGUGAUGAAAUUUUCUGAAAUAUUUCCUUGCUGUUGCAUAUGUUUGUGUUGAGCAUUUGGCCGUGCCUACCAUCGCACAGACAUGAGAGAGAUUUUGAAGCAACUUGCUCCACGUCUUCUCACAGUUGCUUGUUAUGAUCGUGAGGAUAAAGGCUUGAGAGAACUUGUUGCAGAUGUCCUUUCAGCAUCUGUAAAAUGUAACGACUCAAGUCCACCGCUAGUCGAUAUUGUUCUCUUUGGACUUCCGGACUUUCCCUCAAGAUUUUUAAAACGCUUUUGCUAUGGAGAGGUUUCUACCCCUUAUAAGCAAGGUUGGCAGUGGGUGAAGUUGUUUUAUCAUUACAUCAACGUGGACAUAUUCUUUCCUCUGAUAUACAUAAACGUGUUGCUGGCAUUGUUCCUGCCAUCGUUCCUGCCAUUGAAACGGCACGGCUAUAUCGUUGAAAGGGUGGAGAGAUAGUGCAUGCAGCUGGCUCCCGUUUCAUUCGGUGUAUUUCUCUUAUCUCAUUUGCCAUUGCUGGAAGAGACAAAGCGAACGUUGCUUGAUGCUCUUAAUGAGAAUUUGAGACAUCCUAAUU